UAAACGGCUUACUAUAAGAGAGAGCGUCAUGCUAAGUACUUAACAGUCAGUACAGGAAAAAUGUCGGCGAAUUUGAACACAUCUCUGAGUGGAACACACUCAGCUAUAACCUCACCGCAAUGCAUCAAUCCUACGGCGCAAAAAAUCGGAGAAACAUUCGCUUACUGUCUGUUAUCGAUUGUUUCGCUGGCUGGCAAUAUCUUUAUGGGGAUCACAGUCUACAGCUCGAAAACCUUGAGAAAAUCUACCAAACUUUUCAUCGCCAACAUGGCCAUAUCCGAUCUGUUGUAUCCGAUUUUCCUGUUUCCAAACAACUUGACGCAGCUAUAUCGAGGACAAUACUUCUGGUCAGUCAGCGGUCGUCUUGGAGAAACACUGUGUAAGCUGGUUCCCUUCUUAGCAGAUGCCUCCAACGCUGUGUCAAUUUUGAGCGUGGUUUUGAUAGCAAUGGAACGAUAUAGAGCAGUGGUAUUUCCCUUCCGUUCCCCACUCGGCUCAAAGUUCUGCGCUCUCUCCAUUAUCGCUACUUGGACUAUCUCAAUGGCUCUUCAUUUACCAUAUCUCUUCGCCUUUUCGCUAAUGGAACAUUCGGAAGAAAAAAAGUGUGAACCACAGUGGAAGAAAACUUUUGAGGAUUCCUUUCCCUUUGAAACCUAUAUCUGUGCUGGUUCUAUUUUAAUUUUCUUCAUUCCUCUCUUUGUUACUAUUUUACUUUACGUUAUAAUUAUUUUAAAACUCAAGUCCCAGAUGACUCCAGGCGAGCAAUCAGCUAAUGCCUUAACACAUCGAGCAGAGAGGGAGUGGAAAGUGCUGAAGAUGUCCAUUGCUAUCGUGAUGGCGUUUAUAAUAUGCCGAAUUCCCUACACCAUUAGUUAUUUCAUGGUCUAUUUUCCACAGAACACCUCCAUGAUCAAGUCUUGCGGUUUUCAAUACUUCGCGCAUACCGCUUUUUUUCUUGCUCACUCACAUUGUGCUAUAAACCCUUGCAUUUGUUUUAUUUGCUGUAGAGGCUAUCGAAAAGACUUAAAACAGAUUUUGAAAAAGAGCUUUCACAGGAAGGUAAAGAGAUCCUACGUCUGA